AUGUCGUGGGACGCCUGGUGCAACCUCAUCGUGUCGGAAAACCCCGACGGCACGAAGGUGGAGUCCGGGGCCAUCAUCGGCCAGGACGGGCUGGUAUGGGCGAAGACGGAGGGGUUCCCCGAGAUGUCCGAGGAUAGCAUCAAGAAGGUGGUUGAUGGGUUCCUGGACCCCAGCCCAGUCUACACGUCCGGCGUCAUGAUCGGCGGCGAGAAGUACGCGUGCGUCAUGGCCGACAGCGAAGUCAUCCGGGUGGUCACCAAGCGCGGGGGCGAGGAGAAGACGAGCACGUACGCCGCGGCGUUCUACAAGACCACGACAGCGGUGGUGGUGGGCAUCUACGAGCAGCCGGACCCACGCGUCGGCAAGCAGGCUGCCAAGGUCCAGGAGGUCGCGCGGCACCUCAUGGACUCGGGCAUCUAG